UUGUAAGAAAGGUGGCGAAACCCUGUGAAGAAAAUACGCCAGUUGGGAUGCAUUUGGCUAUUUUUUGUUAUUUAAAACACUACCGUUUAAUCGCAGUGCGACGGAGAUUGGAGAAAUAACUGGGUCUAUAUAAUAAAGGCGUGUUUUGAAUAAUUUGCGACCUGUAGAUUUGGACGCUAACAGGCGUUUAAUGCGGCUUUAAGCUUCGGGCUCAUUACAUUCAUUAUUAGUUGAUAGUGUUUUAUAACUCAUAGUACCAUGGAAGAGUGCAAACGUUCAUGGAUUACCAAUUAUUAAAGUAAUUUAACUUCAGAUAGCUUGAAUAGUUUAUUAAAAUUGAGCGUUGCGAUUAUUAUUAUUAUUAUUAUUAUUAUAUUUUGGGAUAUAUUACAUUUAACAUACAAAAUAAACAAAAUAACAUGGUAUUUCUUAAUACAUUUAUCAUGAUAAAAUGUUAACAGGUUUAAAUAAUCGCCAAAACACUUGUAGUCGGUCACAUUGAACGUUUUUUAAUGCAUACAACGGCUGGAUAAAGUAUGUGAUACACACCUUUGAUGUACCUAUAAAACUGUGGAUGCAAACUACAUAUUUUAUAGAGCUUUAUUUCACAUUAUUAUAUAAGAUGUUCACCAUGUAGUUCGAAAAAAUCGAUCAUAUAGAUGUAAAGAAAAUGACACAAGGAUAUAUAAAACAGAACAUUACUACUUAAGAAAAUGCGGGAUUGUGAGAUUCGAUUGUUAUGGAUUUUCGCGACAUGUGCACUAGCCAUGGUGACGUCAUAUUCAAUACAUGACCACAGGAGCGCUAAUGACAUCAAUUUGGAUUUUGAGCAGCUCGAGAAGCUUGGCAAGACGGACAGUUUAAUAAAAGCACUGAAGGAGAUAGCCCAGAGCUCUCACGACUGCGGUGUCCGAGAUGUCCCAAAACUGCGCCGGAAGUUCCUGUCCAACGACUCAAUCACGUGCAAUGACGGAACCCCCGCCGGGUACUACAUUCGAAAGUCGUACGGUAGUAAGAAGUGGAUUGUAUUCCUCGAAGGUGGUUGGUACUGCUUCGACAGUGUCAGCUGUCAGAUGAGAGCCAGCACAGACGGAAUGCGUCGCUUCAUGACAUCAAAGGGAUGGCCAAAGAGAAAAUCAGCGACCGGGAUAUUAUCCUGGAAUCCAGAAGAAAAUCCAUAUUAUUUUCAUUCCAAUAUUGUAUAUAUUCCAUAUUGCUCCAGUGAUACGUGGAGCGGUACAGCCCCUAUGGGGGCCAAUGGCAACCCCUAUGCGUUCAUGGGGUCCCUGAUAUUAGAGCAAGUCAUUCGAGACCUUAUACCUCGAGGCCUGAAGAAGGCCACAAAGCUAAUACUCGCUGGAAGCAGCGCGGGAGGCACGGGCGUUUUAGUCAACCUAGACCGCGUUGCGGACCAAAUGGCCGAGAUAGCACCUGGCGUAGAAGUCCGAGGUAUUGCCGAUUCGGGCUGGUUCCUGGAUUAUCCACAAUACCGCUAUAAGGAUUGCGUCGAGGCGCUCACGUGCGCACCGGUGGACGGAACCAAACGGGGCAUCAAGAUGUGGCAAGGUCGUGUCCCGGAAGCAUGCAUGGCGGAUUACCCAGAGUCCGAGCACUGGAGGUGCUAUUUCGGUUACAGAAUGUAUAAAUCCUUGAAAACGCCCCUGUACGUGAUACAGCACCUGUUUGACGAGGCACAGAUCCUCGUGGACAACGUGUUCGAGCAGACGCAAAUCCGCGGCGACACUUCGGCUGCCAUGGUGACAAAGUCGCAGUGGCAGUACCUCCAUAAACUGGGGCAGGAGGUCAGACGGACGCUGGAGAAUGUAACUGCGGUGUUCGCGCCCGCGUGCCUCUCGCACGAGGUCCUCAUGCGAAUGGACUGGUUCAACGUCAGCAUUAACAACAUCAAACUGGGCCAGUCCAUUUACUGCUGGGAGAACAGCUACAAAUACGACAGAUGUAUUAAAAGCACUACCUCUGUAAAUUCCAUCGUGCCGUUGAACUACAUCUUACAAGGCGACUCACCAAAGAAUAACGUAACCAAGCAACGGAGUAAUAAGAAUAACAAACACAAGAAGAGGCUGAAGAAACUUGAGAAGAUCCGGCGAAGACAGGAGCGAAAAGAUCGAAAAAGAGACAACAGGGCGCACAAGAAUAGAAAACGGCAUAAUAAGGGCAAGAAAACAGAACAAAGCAGGACGCGGCGUCACAAAUAUCCAACCGGAAGUUGCUUUCAUCAUCUGAUUGACUCAUGCCCACUCCCACAAUGCAACGCGUCUUGUCCUAAAUAUAGAAAUCGGUAUACGGGUGACGAGAUGGACUUUCUACGCAUGUUCAUUCGUUAUGGCAUAGACCGGAAGGAAAUAGCCGAGUUAAUCGGCCAAGAUGUGUCUGUGGUUGAAAACAUGGAUGACAAUACAUUGACGCGGCUGAUUUUAAAAUUUGUGGACAGAGGGUCGUGACGAAACUGAUGACGUCAUUGUUCGGAUGACACGUGUAUGAAUAUACAUAUACCUGUGAUUGUAAUGGUUCUAAAUACACAGUGUACCACAUGUACACACAUUAAACUCAAAUAGUAACGAUCUCGCGUUUGUAGUGCGCGUAGAAUGACGAGAUGCGUGGAAAAUGGUACUAUUGUCAAGAUUUGAGUUUUGAGCUGAACGAAAUUUGUGCAUACGCAUUUUGACUCAGUGAUGAGAAGCUUGUUUCAGAGAAGUUGUGCUUUUUAUUGCGUCCACAUUUUGGAGUUAAUUACCUCGUCUAAAACAAUCGAGAUAUUCUUGUUUCUUGCUUUAUUAAAAGAUUGAACGUGCAUAAUUUAUUGUGUACAUAUGUUCAUAAUGUUGUUUAUUAAUUUAACCAUUAUUUUCCAUGGAAAUUCCAUAUUUCAAAUAUAUACAAUGCAGCAUUAGGUUUAAAUUUGAAUAUUUAAUAAGGGUAAUUUAUUUUAAUUGAUUGUGUUGUUAUUUUGUAGAAUUUAAGAUGUUUUGGGCAAUUCUUAUGCGUAGUUUCUUUUGAUUUGUUUGGUAUGAUUUAAAUUGCAUGUAUAGCAUUUUAAUAUUUUUGAAAACAAUGCAGUAUCUUUCUAGACAAUUUAAUGAGAUUUACUGAGAUUGAUGUUAUGUUUUAUUAUUUUGUCUAUGUUCAAAUCAAAGAUAUAUUCGGGGAAACUUAUUAAUAACUUUGUGUAGCCUUUUCAUCAAAGUUAGAGAAACAAUUGUGUCAAUUUUGAUCACGGUAUUUUUAUUUGAUUUUACAUUAAUAUUAGAAAGCAUCUAUUCAUAACAAUCCACGCAACAAACUGUACAGCGUUUCUUCUAUUAAUUAUGAUCUUCUAAGAAAGAAAGGAGAACAUUAGCGUAAAAGACAACACAUUUAAGCUAUUUAUGCCUAGCGUCUAGAAAAAAGGCCUUGGCAAACAGCGUAGACCUAGAUGAGUCGCCGCAUGAUGCGGCGUCUCAUCAGUGUCUGCGCUGUUUGCUUAAAGGAAUUUCUGUAAGAAAUACUCUAAAUAUAGAAUAAAUAUACUAGACAUCCCUAAUUUUGGAAAUAAAUUGAUCCAAUUUAGAAGGAUGGGAGAGUCCACUAGGCAUAAAUGGGUUAACAAUGCAAAGAUGUCAGGCAUCUAACACAGCAUGGUACAAUAGCUCAUGGUACAUGGUACUCUCAUUUUAAUUACACAAACUUGAUAUUACAUUAUGUUAGACUCAAACCAUUUUUUAUUAUUGUUAUUUAUUCGUCAAUCACAACUCUAUGUCGUUCUGUGACGUGGUUUUUGUCCGAUAAGCUACACUAAAUCGAAAAAGGUUUCUUCAAUAUAACAUACACUUUAUAUAGUUUUAUUGGGAUGAAUAACAUCUCACUAACAGAUAAGUAUACAAUAACAAUUUAGUACGCGUUAACCUUUUGGCUGAUGUUACAUUGAAUGCAUCGGUAGGAACACAUGCAUAGCUUACGUACACAAACACAUAUUGGCGCUAAAUGAACAUAAUCAAUAACAUUCUAUUAAAUAUGUUUUAAAUAACUUAUAAUUUAUUCAGGACGUGUUCUACCUACAAUUUUAGCUGUGAUCGAAAUAACGUAUUUUAUUUUGAAAUGUCAAUUUACUUUUCUUUAAUUAUUGCCCUGUUUAUUCUGUUGUUAAUGACAUUCGAUGGUAACAUGCAGUUUUAUUUUUAGACUUUGACAGAUGUAUUAAAACAGAUUAUAUAAAAUUGUAAUGUAUUUAACAACUUUAUGCAUAAGAAAUACAAUUAUGCGUAUCCCAUUAGCGUUGUUAGUCUCAAUAAGGAUAUUGCUUUGUUUUUAUUUUCUUAAGCUUAAGGUAAUUUCUGCACUUUACAUACAAGUAUUAUGUAUCUGCCACGUAUAUUAUCGUGAAACAUUUUCAUUUAAACCUUUUUUGCUGAUAUAGUCUAAGCUCCUUUGAAAUUGGCAUAUGGAAACGCUCUCCAAUGAAAAUCUUUAAAUGAAAUAUAAUGUUUAAAUCAACUUUUAAAUGACGUUAUUUUUUCGGUAUAAAUAAAAAUCUUCCUGUAUGUUAAAUUAUUGCUGAGCAAGAAAAUAUCCGCUCAAAUGUUUCCUUGAUACUGGUAAUACAUUUGGCAAACAGUUAUAGGCUAAAUGCAUGUACAAGUAAGCAUUGUUGCAAUAUUUGCAUCUUCAACAAAAAGCAAAAUCUACAUGUAACCUCCAUAACGAAAUUGUUUACGGGUAUUUUUCAUGUAUUUAUGUACAUACAUCCUUUUGAAAACACAAUAAAAGAAAUGUUCAACAUCG